AUGGAGCGCCUUCAUCAGCAGUUGAAGUCGAUGAAGACGUUCAAGAUGAAGAGACUCAAUGUUGGGAACGACGUUGGACUUGUGGAUUCAGGUGCAACACAUCCACUUCGUCCUAGACAUGAAGGUGAGAAUGUUGAUCUGUACCCGGUGGUGGAGGUGGCAUUGGCAGAUGGAAGGACGGUGAGGUUGAAGAUGUCCCCUGGAGGUGCUAUGAUAUCACCUUCACCUGCCAUCGAGCCUAUCAUCCCCAUGGGCUUGUUGUCGCAGAAGCUGAACUGUGACAUUUCCUGGAAGCAAGGAUCUAUGCAGAUCCACCAUCCUCUGAGAGGAGAAAUCAAGGUGAUGAUGAAGGGAAGUUGCCCCCAUGUUGCCAGAUCUGAGGCUUUGACGUUGAUUGCGGAGCUGGAGGACAUCAAGAUGGGCAUUCCCAAUGAGAUUGGAAGUUUUGAUGCGGAAGUGGCAUGGCCGAGAAAGCUGGUGUCGCAACAUCCAGUGCUGUCUUCACUCCCAGAGCACAUCAAGGAGCGGCUGGUGGUGGAGCCUGGAACUUGGUCUGAUCUUCCAGGCAACAGACACUCAAGAAAGCGCUGGAAGAGGAGUGGCUUAGCAGUUCAUUUGUAUGCUGGGCCAGAAACAGGGUUCACUUUGCGGCAUGCCAUCAAACAGCUGGGUGGUUCUGUCGAUGCCUUGUUGGAAGUUGAUGUUCAACGAGGAGAACAACAUGACAUGCUGUCGGACCACGCAGUUUAUCGUGGUCUGUUGAGGGUGGCUUUGGAGGGAAAGAUCAAUGCGAUCGUUGGUGGGCCAAACUGCAGGACGAGAAGCUUGCUGAGGCACAUCCCCAUUCCAGGGCAGCCUUGUGCCCCGAGGCCGAUUCGCCGCUGGGGAGGUGAGGAGUUUGGUAUUCAUGAUGCAACAGAAGAGGAGAAACAGAAGCUUCAUGAAGACGAUGUUUUGAUGUGGCGUUUUUGGUUUUUGUACAUGGUUGCAGUGUACAUGAGAAGGGCCAGAAAGGUUGAGACCGAAGUGACCGUCUCUGUGGAGCAGCCAGCAACCCCCAAGGAGUUCAUGCCGGAGGUGGUGAGUUGGUGGGAUACAAAAGAAUGGGCAGAGCUGGCACGAGAGUUCAGCUUUGAGGAAUCAACUUUCAAGCAGGGUGAGCUCGGUGGUCUUACCCCGAAGCCAACGACGUUUGGUGGGAACUUGGAGCUCUACGCAGCUGGUCAUCAAAGGAGAUGCAGAGCAGGAGAAAGGGUAUCUUGCUCGUCCCAGCUUUCGAGAUGGGCCCCAGGAGUGAUGUCAAUGGUCGCCUCAGCUUUGAUCAGACAGGUUGAGGGCCCCACUUUUAAAGGGAAAGCUAUGUCCUGGAGCGAGCAUUUGGCUUUCAGGCAUGUUCCAUACAGGAGAGAUUGUCGAGUAUGCCAGGAGAGCUCACAACAAUGCCCGCCUCAUCGACUGGUCAAGGACCCAAUUGCUGGAGUGCUUUCAAUCGACACAGCUGGUCCACUGAAGCCUGCUUAUGAUUUGGGUGGGCACAUGGCAAGGUAUUUUUUGGUUGGAGUUUUGACCUGGAGGGUGCCAAAGGGGAGUGACAAGAUGCAGAACCCCCCUGAAGAAGCAGCUUCUGAAGGAGCUCCGGAGAUUGAAGAAGGAGCUGAGGAUCCAGUUCCACCGGGUGAGGACGGAUUGGAAGCUGAGGAGUUGCUUCCAGCCCAGCUCCCUGGUGAAGCGCCGGCUGAAGGAGAGCCUGGCGACGCCCCUGGUGAGGACGGGUUGGAAGGUCAUGCAGAUCUUCCAGUCCAGCUCCCAGGCGAGGCGUUUGGACCCCCAACUUUGGAUGAGGUCACAGAGUUGAGAAGGUUCAGAAUGGCCUUGCCAAUGGGUUCCAAAAAGGCGAGAGAUGUGGUGAACACGGUGAUGGAGUUCGUGUUGCGGCUGCGGACGGAAGGGUUCCAUGUGGGCCGCAUCCAUUCAGACCAAGGUCAUGAGUUUGCUGGCGAGUUCAAGACAUGGGCCCGACAGCGUGGGAUCUACCUCACCAAAACACCAGGUGAUGAUCCAGCCGCAAACGGCAGAGCUGAAAUGGCGGUGAAGGACUUCAAGAACCAGAUCCGCAGAACGUUGAGGCAGGCCAGUGAAGAUGCGAAAUGGUGGCCAUGGGCUUUGAGGUACGUCAAUGAGGUGUACCGAUGUGUCCGGAUGGAGACAAGACCAAGUUGGCCAAGGUUUUUGGAAGAAGUAAGAGUCCGAAAGCGGACAUGGAGGCGGGAUGACCUGGACCCCAGAGUGGAGAAGGUUCAGUAUCUAUGCCCUUCAGUGGAAAACCAUGGUCAUUGGGUGAUCAAAGAAGGCGAAGCCCCACGCCUUACGCGCUACAUUUUGGCGCCCACCACUGAGCCGGAGGAUGAGACGGUUUGGAUUGCGGUGGAAAGAGAAGGGCGAGAUGCACAAGAACAGCGACGCCGAAUCAGAGGCAGAUCAGCAGUGAGGAGAAUGGAUGCCUCAGUUGCAGAUCCUGAGGAGGUGCUGGAAGAAAAGGAAAAGGCUGAAGUUCAAAGAUUGAUGAAGGUGGUGGAGGAUGAGAUGCAGUCCAUCAUCAACGACGACCCAGAUCUGGCCGCCGAGGAAGUCAGAAUUUUGGGAAGGCUGAGAAAAAUGGCUGAAGUGAAGGAGGAUGGAGAUGAGAUCCUUCAAACAAAGGUCAUCUCACCAAAGGAGGUGGUCAGAAACUGGUCGGAGUGGAUCCCAUCAGUGAGAAGCGAGGUGGAGUCCCUGACCAUUGAGAAGGCAGCCUUGAAGGAGCUGUCAAAGGAUGAAGUCAAAGCGUUGAAGAAGAAGGCAGAAAAGGAGGGUAAGAAGUUGGAGAUCAUACCUUCCAAACUGGUGUUCACUGUGAAACCUUCCCCAGACCACAAAGAAGGGAAAAAGAAAACCCGGUGGGUUGUUUGCGGAAACUAUGAGGAGAAGAAAGAGGGGGAGGAAAACUACUCAGGUGGUGCAGAUGCCACAUCUUUGAGGUUGUUGGCAUGGAUUGCAUCCCGCAUGAAGUGGGCCGGAUGCAUCCUGGAUGUCAGAACUGCUUUCCUCAACGCGCAGAUGGAACAGGAGCCGGAUGAGGACCUUCUUUUGGUCCAGCCACCCCACAUCUUGAAGGAGAUGAAGUUUCUGGACCCGGACACACUGUACCUGCCAUUGAAGGCAGUGUACGGCUUCAGGCGCUCACCAAAGCUUUGGGGUCUUCAUCGAGACAAAACGAUCAAGACCUUUGACAUCAAGGUGGUCAUUGAUGGCCGCUGCGAAAGCCUGGAGCUGAAGCCGAUGGAGUCAGAGCAGAACCUAUGGAAGGUGGUUGUGGUCAGAGGAGGCUUCCAAGAGGCAGAAGAAGAAUGGAUCUCAAACGGCCGAGUCAUUGGCCUUGUGAUGACGUAUGUCGACGACAUUUUUAUCGUCGCCGAGAAGCAGGUGGCGAAGUCAGUUGCUCAGAAGUUUCAAGAGACCUGGGCGACCACACAACCGGAGUGGGUUGGCGAGACACCAGUGAGGUUUUUGGGCCUGGAGGUGACUUGCCACCAAAUCGAGGGGGAGGAGAAGGUCCAAUGGUGCCUUUCACAAGAGGCAUACAUCAAAGACUUGCUUGGGCGCUAUGAGGAGGAGGGAAAACCACGAAAGCUCCCUAUCACCCGUGACCAAGCUUCGAUGCCUCCAGAUGUGAUUCCCCCUUCGCCAGAAGGAGUCAAGUUUUCCCAGAAGGUCAUCGGUGAGUUGCUUUGGCUGGUGACCCGAAGCAGACCAGAUUUGAUGUUUGGAGUUUCCAGGAUGGGGGCCAACGUUUUGAAGGCCGCCAACUGCAUCAAGGACACAGCAGCACAAAUGAGGUCCUAUCUCAGGAGAACUGCAGGUGAGGGCCUACAGUACAAGCAGAAGAUCGAUGACCCGAUCACGCUGUAUGUCUACUCAGACUCCAGCUUUGCACCCGAAGCAGAUGAGUCCCAUGGAUCGUUUGUGGUUAUGGUGAACGAUGGGUUGAUGUUUUGGAGAAGCGGCAGGCAGGGCACAAUCACCUUGAGCACGGCCGAGUCAGAGUUGAUGGAGCUCGUUGAGGCGAUGAUUGCCGGCGAGUCAGUUUACGUCGUGCUGGCAGAGCUGUUUGGUGAAAUCUCAAAGGUGGCAUUGUGCGAUUCGCAAGCUGCACUGGCCAUUUUGGUUGCUGAGGGCGGAAGCUGGAGGACAAGACACCUCAGGCUGAGGUGGGCGUUUGCUCGCCAAUCUGUGCUGCGUGGUGACUGGCAGGUGGGUCAUGUCCCUGGUGAGAAGAUGUUGGCGGACCUGGGCACAAAAGUUCUGACCUCAUCGAGGAUGGAAACUUUGAAGCAGAUGAUGGGCAUGGGAGUUGCUCAGCCCGAAGAAAAAGGUGUUGAAAUGGAGAAGGAUGAGAAAAAAGAAAAGGAGAUCAAGACCGACUCAAAAUCGGUCGCCACCAUGGCCGUCAAGCUCAUCACGAUGGCGGCCUUGUUGUCAGUGUCAAAGGCUCAAGGAGAUGAAGAAGACGAUGAACCAGCAGGUGACUUCCACAACUUUAUGGUCAUCUACACGGUGCUGAUCAUUCUGAUCACGCUGAUGGUCCAAAUCCUGUGGAAGGUAGGAGUAGGCGCAUUGGGCGAAAACUGGAAAAGAAGGUUUUUUACCCGUGGCCGAAGUCUCCCCAUGGGUGAGGAAACGUCAGUGGCAGAGGGUCGAGCAUGUGCUGAGGUGUGCGGACCCGUGGAAAGACCACGGCAUCUGCCCUCGGCUGCUGGGUCGUCAAACCAGCCAAGCCCCGCUGAGGACGGGUUGGGGAUGGAGGAGGGAUCCCCAGUCCAGCUCGCGGUGGCUGAGCAGCGACGCGCCGGUGAGGGCGGGUUGGGGCAGAGGGCCUCAGUCCAGCUCCCAGCUUCGGCUGGUGAGGGCGGGUUGGAGGGUCAUGCUGAUCCUCCAGUCCAGCUCCCGGCUGCGCCUGCAAAAGCUCCCCCGCCAAAGGAGGGACCAAAGGCCCCGUCAAAAGCGGGCCAAACACCAAAGGCCCCACCAAAAGCGGGCCCAAAACCAAAGGCCGCACCACAAAGUGGCCCAUCAGCUUCCAGCUCCUCAAGUGGAAGCACAUCAAGCAGUAUGACAGGCCGAAUUGAGACGGCGAUUCAAGACAUUGCGUAUGAAGAGGCAGCCCUGUGGGACCAUUUUGGGAGGCAGGGCGACUUUCCAGGAGUGCCAGAAGAUCAUAGCAGAGCAGAACUUGGAUUUCAGGUGUUGAGGUUGCGAUGCGCACCCGUGGAAGACCAAUCCCUGGAAGUCCGCUGCUUUUGCGAAUGGGCGAUCAGACCGUCCAUACUGAUCGAAGAUGCCCGAGAGCACGACUGCCCUUUUGAAGCUCAAACACCCGAGCUGCUGCCGGUGAAAACAGAGAAGGCGGCCGCUUGCUACGUGGACGAGGUGCGGAGGACUGAAGGUUGGGGACCUGGCCAUUUCCACAAUCAAUCUAUCAACUGA